GUAGUGUCGCCGUCGCUCCAAUGCCCACAAACCCGACGAAAAAAUGUCGAAAAACUGCCGUCGCAAAUUCAUCAAAGCCGUCGUCUACUUCGUCGUCUUCAGCAACAUCGUGGGGGGCAUGUGCAGCAUAAUCACCAGGGGAAUAGCUCCACUAAGUGGUUUAUUUUUAAUGCUGGGAUUGCUGGCGGUGGCCGGUGGGUUGGUCUUACUGAUGGGAGUAGUCAAGGACAACGCCAGGUUUAUUUUGGUCUAUUUGAUCCUGGCGACGAUGGUCGUGGCGUUCACCACCGUGCUCAUCUCCGUCCUGAUCAUACCCAAGGUGAAGGAGCUGCAGGUGCACAUUUUCGUCAUCGUCUACGUGGUGCUGAUCAUCUGGUGGCCGAUACAGUACUGCGUCUAUUUGUUUUACAAGGACUUGAUCAUGGUGGUAGCACUGCCGGAGUUUACCGCAGUGGAAGGUGCGUGUAGUGGCAACACUGAAGGCGACAAGUGCGACGGCGAGGGCGCAGGUGAGGUUAAGGACGAGGAGCCCUCGCAGGAUUCGCAGCAGUCGCAGAAUUCGUCGGUUUGAUGGGGACUGGGUUUCUACUUUUUAUAUUUAAACGGUGUGUGUAUUUUAUUUAUA